AUGAGCAUUGUCGUGUUUACCGGGACGCUUUGCCAGCCGCGUAAGGAGGCAACCGCAGAAGCUGAGCAAUAUGGCUACGUUGUGGGGGCGCGUCUUACAAAGACGUCGAGCUUUUUGAUUUGCGGAGCCAAAGUGGGCGCCAAAAAGAUGGAAGAGGCCGAAAAACUGGGUGUGGCAACUUUGACAGAGCUGGAGUGGAGAGAGAAACUGGCGGCAACAGGCUCAGUAGAUGCCUGCAGUGGUUCUGAAGCGGAAGUGAAAGGGUUCCGCGUUCAGCCGAGAAUGACCAAGGCCACGACGUUCCUGGUAUGUGGGGACAAGGCUGGGCAAAAGCUAAAGGAAGCGGAGAAGUUGGGUGUCACGGUGUUGACGGAGGAACCGAGCAAGAAACGAACUGUUGCGUAUGACGAGGUGACUGGGGCUGUGAAUGGGAUCAAACCCAAACAGCUUCUGGUGGACGGAACGUUCCACGAUGUUAAGAGCGCAUCGGGCUCGACGUACAUCGUGAAGCGUAUUGGGAUGGUCUAUUCAUGCAGCUGUCCAGCGUGGAGAAACCAGCGCCAUCCACCCACGUCGCGGACUUGCAAGCACUUGAAGCAGCUUCUUGGCGAAGAAUUCGAAACGAUGCGAGCUCGUGGCUCGGCUACAGCUCCUCGUGGCACUGCGUCCGCUGGCGGGGGCAGCUCUCGCGCCGUAGCUAAGACAACAGCGCCAAAAGUCCUUCUAGCUAUGAAAUGGGAGCGAGAAAAAGACGACCCGGUGGGCUGGUGGAUCAGCGAGAAACUGGACGGCGUACGUGCAUUCUGGGACUCGUCCAAGAAGAUUUUCCUCUCACGUUUAGGCUACGAAUACCCCGCACCCAGUUGGUUCACUGCUGGGUUUCCAGACGAUGUGGAUCUGGACGGAGAGCUCUUUGGAGGUCGAGGCGCAUUCCAGUUCACUGUCGGGAUUGCCAAGACACAGGGUUCAAAACACUGGGAGAAACUCGUGUACAAAGUGUUUGACGCUCCGAGUCUAAAGACGCAAAAGUUCGAAGAGCGUAUGGAACACGCCAAGGACGUCGUGACCAAAGCCUCGUCGAAGUACAUUGAGUGGGUGGAGCACACGAUGUGCAAGUCUCUCGAACAUCUGGACGAAGUGUUCAAUGAGAUCGAGAAGCUUGGAGGUGAAGGCCUUAUGAUCCGUGAGCCCGGCAGCAAGUACGCGCAAGGACGAUCAUCGUCUCUGCUGAAGAUCAAGAGAUUCCACGACGGUGAGGCGGAGGUGCUCGCCUACGAAGACGGCAAGGGGAAGUAUGUGGGUAUGGUGGGUGCUCUGCGUUGCCGCAUGUCCAGCGGUAAGAUGUUUAAAGUAGCCAGCGGACUGUCGGACCAGCAGCGCGACAAGCCUCCCGCCAUCGGUAGCAUCAUUGUGUACAAGUGCCAAGAGCUCACGAACGACGGGAAUCCGCGCUUCCCCGUGUUCGUGGGGAUCGCUGCCGACAAGACGCGCCCGAAAGACCCCGUCAUCGCCAACGCCAUGGGUCAAGAGUGA